ACCCGUGGUGCAUAAUAGUUGGAAGAGCGGUGCACGACUUUUCCUGCAUUCUCCUCAAGUCUUCGAUUGCAACAGCCAGCCAGCGCGCCAGUAGGGCAGAAGAAAUAAGAGGAAGAGGGAGAAUAGCUUGUCGGAGACAGAGACAUCACAUGAUCAAAGAAUUACUUCUGGGGAGUUGUGUUUGCUAGAGAGAUAAAGCUUAAAGUACUUGAAUUUAAAUCAAUCUUCUCGUAGAUUACAAGUAGCACUAGUUUUGACGUGAUCGUGGAAAUGCUCCACAUUUCGCUCUGAUUCAGGAAAGGAAGAAGCUUGGUUCUAUCAGUGGAGAGAGAGGGGGUUGAGCUUUGUGCUUUCUCUCUCUGAUGCCUUCCAAUCCACCAUAUCAUCAGAUCAUGCUUCGCCUCCUAUCAUGCUGCUUUAUCAGAGGGCCAAUUCUUCUGCAUUAUUAUUCUCUUCCCCUUUGAACGAGGAUCAUCUCCUGCUAUUUUCUGUUCAGGAAUGGAUCUGUCUAAGGUUGGAGAGAAGCUUCUCAAUUCUGUGAGAUCUGCUAGAUCCUUGGGCCUUCUCCCUUCCAUCUCAGCGGAUCGCCCUGAGGUCCCAGUUCGGGCAGUACAAGCUGCUGCUAUUGCACGAGCUCUUGCCAUCCUUCCUCCUCAUCAACGGCUUACUCUUCCAUCGAACUCUGAAGAUUUAGUUUUUAUUUAUGGAAUCAAGCCACAUGGUCAAACAACUGAAAGUUUAGAGGAAGAAUUUUAUGAGGAGGAUUUUGAUCCAGUUAGGCAUGUCCUUCAACAUAUUCCAUUGGAAGAAAAUGGUCUAAGCUACUUUGAGACGAAGGCCACUUUGAGAUUAGCACAACUCGAUGGCAUAGCAGAGAGAUUGUCUCGCCAUGUUAUGGAGCACCAUGAAGAAAUGGUAAAGGGAAUGCAGCUAGUAAUGGAGCUUGAGCAAGACUUGAAGGUUGCAAAUGUCAUAUGCAUGAAUGGCAGGAGGCAUCUGGGUUCAUCAGUGCAUGAGGUAUCACGGGACCUUGUGGUGACAUCAAACGCAAGACGAAAACAGGCUCUUCUGGAUUUGCUUCCUAUUCUUACACAACUUCAUCAUACACUCGAGAUGCAAGGGGCACUUAACACACAUGUGGAAGAUGGAAGUUAUCGUCGGGCGUUUCAGGUGCUGUCAGAAUAUCUACAGCUUCUUGACAGUCAUGCAGAACUUUCUGCUGUACAAGAAAUGAGCCGUGGUGUAGAGGCCUGGCUUGGAAAGACUCUGCAGCAAUUGGAUUCUCUCCUUUUGGGGGUUUGUCAAGAUUUUAAAGAAAAAAGCUACUUGACAGUUGUCGAUGCUUAUGCCUUAAUUGGUGACACUGCUGGUUUGACUGAAAAGAUACAAAGUUUUUUCAUGCAAGAGGUUCUAUCAGAAACCCAUUCGGCACUGAAGGAUAUCAUUCAUGAGGUUUCUGAUCUUCCAGAAACACAUUCUAGGAGUAGGCAUACCUACAGUGAUCUCUGUCUUCAGAUACCGGAAUCAAAAUUUAGGCAGUGUUUGUUAAGGACAUUGGAAGUACUAUUUAAUUUGAUGUGCUCAUAUUAUGACAUAAUGGCAUUCCAGCUUCCUGGAAAGGAUUCAGAAGCAGCGGGUGAUGGACCAGAUGAUGUACCUUGGAUAGGCAAUAGAAGUACGCAGAAUGGUGACUCAGGGUGUUCAGAAGGUGUUUGUUGUAAGGAUUCUUUAUUGCAGGUUGCAUGUGAUGAUGGGAUGACUGCCGAUGUCCAGAGAUCUGCUCACGAAGCGGGUGAUGACUCUCCAAUUGCUUCCAGCAGCACUUCCCCUUGUGAUCAAUUGAAGAAGGAUGCAGUUCUUUUCAUUUCACAAGCAUUGCAAAGAGGUCGAAAGAAUCUUUGGCAGCUCACAACAAGUCGUGUUUCAGUUUUGCUCUCAUGUGAUGCAGUUUAUUCAACGAACACACACCAAUUCUUGAGGAAUUACGAGGAUCUAAACACAUUCAUCUUGGCUGGUGAGGCAUUUUGUGGCACUGAAGCUAUUGAUUUUAGGCAGCGAUUAAAGACUGUCUGCAGAAGUUAUUUUGGAGCAUUUCAUCGGCAAAGUAUUGAUGCACUUAGGAUGGUUCUGGAGAAGGAGACCUGGCAACAAAUUCCACCAGAUACAAUGCAAGUCGUAAGUUUGGAAGGUCUUGUUGGAGAUGGGGCGCCAUUAAUUGUCCCAUCUGAUGGUAUUGCUCGGAAGAUGUUAGUUCAAUAUACAGAGAAUAUGCCUAACCAAGUUGAAAUUCAUGACAUAAAGGACGGUUUUUCCCUAUGGGUAGAGAAAGGAAAUCCUUUCACUGCCAGGAUUUCAGGUAGUAACAGAGAUUGUGGAACUGGAACCUUGCAGAGCACUGGUCCAGGGAUUUCUGAUGUAAUUGAGGGUGUCUCAUCUCAUGUAAAUGGUGAUGCUUCUGUUGUGGAUGAUGAAAACGAGGAUCUUCUAGCUGAUUUUAUUGAUGAAGACAGUCAGCUGCCAAGCCGUAUUUCUAGACCAGCAGUUGCAACGACAUCCUCUAUAAACUUGGAAGAUGAUGAAAUCAGAGCUCAAACAGGGUCCUCACUGUCUCUUUUAAGGUUGAUGGACAAGUAUGCAAGGCUUAUGCAGAAAUUACAGAUAGUUAAUGUAGAUUUUUUUGAGGGGAUUUGUCAGCUGUUCGAGGUUUACUUUCAUUCUCUGUUUAAGACAUUUGGCCAACGAGACCUGUGUAUUAAUGGAGUAGGCACCAUGGAUUCUAUUCCUCCUCGAUUAAGGAAUGCUUUCAUGAGAAUAACCCAAGAUUUAUAUGAUCAUCGAACAAAGAGCCAAGCUGUAUCGGUCUCUUCAGCUUCACCAGGAGCUAUUAGCAACUCCGUCAUACAAACAGAAGUAACUCCAGUAAACCCAUCCACCGUACACUCUGGUCAUAUACCAAGUACAUCUUUUGGGUUAAAGGAAAGAUGUAUUGGUCCAGAGACACUCUCCCAUGUUGCUCAAAUAUUAUAUCGAUCUAAGGCACAUCUCCAAUCAAUGCUGCAACAAAACAAUGGAGCAAUUGUUGAAGAUUUCUACCGCAACAUGGUGGAUUCUGUGCUUGAUCUCGUGGAGCACAUACACAGAACAACUGCCAGGUUGCUGCUAAAUAUUAAUGGAUAUGUUGAUCGAGUUGCGAAUGCCAAAUGGGAAUUCAAAGAGCUUGGACUAGAGCAUAAUGGGUACGUUGAUUUAUUACUCGGAGAAUUUAAGCACUAUAAAAUGAGGUUAGCUCAUGCUGGCAUCCGCAAAGAGAUUCAAGAUGUCCUAUUAGAAUACGGACUUGAAAAUGUUGCAGAAACUCUCAUUGAAGGUUUAUCACGAGUGAAGAGAUGUACAAAUGAAGGGCGAGCACUAAUGUCGCUAGAUCUUCAGGUAUUGAUUAACGGACUUCAGCAUUUUGUUUCUAUCAAUGUGAAACCAAAGAUGCACAUUGUCGAAUCAUUUAUUAAGGCCUAUUAUCUCCCUGAAACUGAGUAUGUACACUGGGCACGGUCCCAUCCGGAAUAUAGUAAAAAUCAAGUCAUAGGUCUGGUCAAUCUGGUUGCAUCAAUGAAUAACUGGAAACGGAAGACAAGAUUGGAGAUGCUGGAAAAGAUAGAAGCCAUCAACUCUUAACAUUAGUUAUUCAUUUUGUUGUUGGUGGGAAAGAAUUUUAUGGUAACUCCUCAUUCUUUUUUUUUUCCCCUCAUUUUCUUUGUUCUGUAGAAUAUGUAUAUCAGAUGCUGAAUGCUUCCUUUUGUUGGUGCAUUCUCUACUGCUGUAUAUUUGUUUAUAUGAGGUCAAUAUGCCAUGUCCGUAUGCUAUUCUCAAGAAAGAGUGGCUUCAUAUUUCA